UUUACAUUGUGCGAUAACACAAUAAGUACAUUGUACUUGUUUUUGACGUGAAUACACAAAAGACAACUGAUAUAAAGUGCGACCUUAAUGUAUUAGUAUUAUUAAUAUGCAUUUUAGUUUUGAAAGAGUCUCUGCUACCCCAUCAGAGGAGAAUUUGGUUAUCUCAACAGCGAGUGUCUGGUUUUGCUCAACUGAAAUGCACCUGUUUACGAGUUCAUAUGUGAAAUUCGCAAGGAAUUCUCACAGACUGACCGUGAAACGACGAAAGAGCUCAAGAAACUACGAGAAGCGCGAAGGAAACUGCUCAGACGGAGGAAAAGCGCAUUCCGCGCACCGAUGGACUCUCUCAGAUCACCCUAUCAGGUGCAAAACCACUGACAGGUUUCCACCCACCACCAACCCAAAACCCCUCAGUGCGCUCCAGCCCUCUUCGGCACACAGACAGACAGACAGUCCCGUCCCAUCACCCAGCGCUCUUCCAGGAUUUGCCAGGCGCAUUUCGUGUAAAAAAAAAUAAAAAAAACUACUUGGAUGACAGUGAAGCAACAUCUAAAGAAGAUACUUAUAACCCUAACUCAUCUACCCUGACAGCUUGGACUUGUUGGGAAAGUUUUCCCCCUCUUCAAACAAUGAACACGGGAAGCUUGGAAUGAUCCACGUAAGGUGUGCGCUAUCCGGUGUCCUCGGCAGGUACGAACGGAAUUUAUCUUUGUUAUAUCGCCUACUGGAUCAAGAAUAAGCACGAAAGCUCGCGGAUUGUUCACCGAGGAGGAGACACCCCUCGUCAGUCUUUUCCAAUUCAAUCUUUUGCGCGCUUUGGCGAGAGAGCGCGGCGCGCGCGGACCGCGGAGGGACCACACGGAAGACACUGAUUUGCGUUUAUUGCGAUCUUUUUUCAAACAAGAAACAGCCUCAUGCUGCUUUUACACGUCCUGCAUCUCUCUUUUCCCUGGGAUUGCACCUCUCCUCCGGGAUUUUGUGUGUGAGACACUGGCGGGGCUCCGCGCGCCACUUACUGGAGCGGCAAACGCUGGAAACAGGUGUAUUUGACCAAGAUGUCGGUCCUGCCGUCAAGGUUCAUCUACGUGUGUUUACAUUUACUGGUCCUCUACUUCCAGUUGCAGGAAUCUCACCAGAGUUCCGCCGACUUCCGGUUCUACAUCGAGAACCACACUCGAGACGACGUGAGUCGGAAGCAGGUACGGAUAUAUCAGCUCUACAGCAGAACCACUGGGAAACAUGUGCAGAUCCUGGGCAAGAAGAUCAACGCCAAUGGAGACGAUGGGGGCAAGUACGCUCUACUUGUUGUGGAAACAGAGACAUUCGGGAGUCACAUUCGAAUAAAAGGGAAAGAGAGUGGAUACUACAUCUGCAUGAACAAGAACGGCAAAAUUAUUGGAAAGCCCAAUGGGAACAACCAGGAGUGCGUCUUCGUGGAGGAAUAUUUGGAGAACAACUACACGGCGCUGGUGUCAGCCAAGUACAAAGGCUGGUAUUUGGGUUUCAAUCGGAAGGGUCGACCCAAAAAAGGCUCCAAGACCACGCAGACGCAGCAGGAAGUGCAUUUCAUGAAGCGCCACCCCAAAGGAAAAGUGGACCCUCUGGAGGAGUUCCGUUACACGACGGUAACCAAACGGACACGAAGGGCGCGGCGUUUAAAAACCAACCCUAAAACGAACUGAGUCGGUGAGGAUGAGGACACUACGUGCUUCUUGCCUAACAAACACCUUUAUCUUAUCCGAAACAGGAAAAGGAAGAGGACGCAAAUGAGCAAUUGCUACGAAAAAAAAGACAAGAAGCUUAAAAAAAGAUUUUAUUUUUAUAUCGAGUUUCUCCCAGCAGUUGAAUGUGGGUCUUUUUUUAAAAUGUAAUAUUGGUGUAUGUUAUUUUAUUUAUACUGGAUUAACUAAGGAUGACCUAUAAGGAACUAGCGUCUCCUGCUUUGACUUUUGGAAUAGCGACGAGAGCAAACCGCACCGCCUGGGAAACCGCCUUUUUUAUUUGCCCCUGAGAACAAGGAUCCAAUAUUUUCCACUGGAAUGGGCUGUCAUGGAGAGAAAGAUAACAUGGUCAUGUGACCUUUGCGAGCCUCCAUAGGUAAACGUGAAGCUUUGAGUGCAAUAUUUUAAAGAUCCGUGUCGGAUGCUUUUCUCGUCUGAGCGGACACCGAACGUGCAGAACGCUUUGAUAUUUUUGUUUGAUAUUCUGUGAUUCAGCUUAGAUCAACAUGCAUUGACUAGCUACAUAUCAGCAUUAGCUGUGGUAAUAGUGUGUGUGAGAACCAACGGACGGAAACCGGAAUACGUUUUUCGGGAAUUGCUGUACAGCUGGAUAUUUGCCGUCACCCUGUGCCCUUUCUAAAAUUUAGCUACCAAAACAUGUUUAAAGUCCAGGUAUGACGCAUUGCUCUUAAUGUCCCUGAUGCUCUUUUAAGUGUGGGAUUUUGACUACUUCCAGGUCAUUAAGCCAAUGAAAUCGGUCCACCUGACAAUCGGUCAUGUUCUAUGUAUUCUAGAACACUUGCUCUCAGUUCUAGAAGGUUGGAGACACACAGAGGAAAUCCCUUCUGCAGACGCUGGACUCCGGCCACUGUUGGUGCGGUCGACUCUCCAUAUGGGUAUAGCUGUAGUAUUCACACGUCUAUAUACUCAUCGUCUGUCAGACGUUACUAACAAUCAUGACACACGUACGAUUAAAAAAAAAAUGUAUGCAAAAAAUAAUAAUUUUAUUACUAUUAUAAAAUAUUUAUUGCCUUUCUCUGUAAAUAUGACUUGAUGAAUUUAUUUGACCUCUGUUAAUAAUAAUAAAAAAAGAGGACUAUAUAUGGAA